AUGCUACCCUCGCAAAAAAGUUCCUCUCUGGAGCGGGCCAUCAGCAAGAUUGACUUGAGUCAUUUGAGUGAAGAAGAAAGGGCCAAAGUCUUGAACGUAGUACAGCGAGAUUUACAAGUUAGAGUUGUAGAGAAGGAACGCUUGAAACGGUAUCGCACGAGCCUGCUCAGACGUGAUCGUGAGGUAGCAGCCAAAAGUCAGGCGCUUGCUGAAAGUUACAAUUGUUUAUUGUGCGGUCAGAAAUUUAUUCUGCUGAUCAAUCCCCGGAUGCAAUGCAAGAAUUGCGGACGUCAGAUUUGUCGGCGUUGUUCAGAGACAGUGACCGAAGUAAACGGACCGCUUUGCAGGCUCUGUCUGCGAGAAACCGGCUAUCGAGCCAUGCGCUGCAACUGGUUCUACGACACAGUCAUCAGUCGAUUUCGUGAAUUCGGGAGCACCGCUGUAGCCAAGAGUAUAUUUGGAGAUAAAUACCAACACAUUCAAAAUAUCGCAGAAGACGAAUUGGCAAAUAUCAUUUCAAUGUAUGGAUCCAAUGAGAAUGACGGCGACGUAAUAGUCAAUGAACAAAAGGUUCCUUCACAGUCGCUUGAACAGGCGAAAGAUGUGCAACUGAAACGUCUCCGGACCAAACUUGAGAGCCUGAUGCAAAAUACGAUGAAGGAAUUUCAGCUGGUUGAUCAAGAUAGAAAUCUGACUGAUCAACAAAAGUAUUGGCAAGGAGGACGCAUUAGCGUGGAAUUCCGCAAAGCGGCUGCAACGCAACUGCGCAGUUUUACUCAAACAUUUUAUAUCGCAACUGAAAGACAACGCAGUUCACAGGGAAACAGCAGUCGGAAUGUAACACAGUAUGUGAUGAACACUUUGCAGCAGGAGGUCAGCCGGAUUGUGGGCCACCCGAUUAAAGAUGUUGAGGAUAACCUCUCGCUGGCCUCAGACGACGAUCUAGAAUCCGUUGCCUAUGCUGAACGUGAAGGUGUUGAGGAACGUCUGGCUCAAGCACUACUUGAUAAGGUUUUGCGCGAUCGUCAAAAUUACGUCAGUGGGGUGAAAAAAGAAGUAUCCAGAAAUACGGUAUCUAGCAGUAAGCCAGUCCCGGAUAUCAAAAUCACAGAAGAUAACGGUCACUCAGACGUACGUUCAUAUUUUUCGAAUAACAUUGCAAUUAUAAAAAUAGGGAGUUUUGAAAUCACCCCCAUUUUUAAUGCUGUUAUAUCCAAAGAAUUUGGUGGAUCGUUUUCUUCUCACAGCCAAAGCU